AUGCGCUUCAUCUUCGCCUUCGCUGUGCUCCCAAUUAUCGUCUCCGCCUCCGUGUGGCCAGACAGCGGCCUCCUCGCACGUGCCACGACGGGCAACGACACAAUCUCAUGCAUUUCGGACGACGACAAGGUCUGCGGCAAGUUCUGCAUCCCGAGCGACUACACGUGCUGUCCGGACAACGAGGGAGGCUGUUCAUCCUCCGCUGUGUGCCAGAAGGGCGAGAAUGGCGUGUACGGCUGCUGCCCAAAAGGCGAGACAUGCCAGGGUGACGGGGGUGCCGAAUUCAUCGAUGAAGAUGGCGACAGCAGUUCUUCGUCAGACACAGCAACGAAGACGGGCAAUUCAACAAGUGGUGCUGGUCCCAUUGUUUUCAGAAUUCAUGAUCAUGGAAUCACUUUUGCUGCUGCUGUGGCUGCGUUUGCGGCUGGGUUGGUUGUUCUGGUAUGA